CAGUUGUAAGCGCAGCACUGACGGAGUGUGUUCUGUUGCAAAACCCACCGAAUAAUUUGACGCAGGCUGUUGGAGCAAAAACGACGGCCAUGCUUGACACAGGCGAAGUUGGCUUCCACUUGUGACCAAUCAUGGGUGGGCAGGAACAUACGUCAUUGUCUUAGCUAUACCUCAACUCCCAUGGGUUUUGUUCGGCGGGAUCUGUAACGCCUGAUCUGCCUUGUGCGGCAGAUGAUGACAUCACAUUUGAGCCGUGUACCGCCACACGCACGCACGCAGUCAGCGAGUCAGUGCGGAGUUUUUAUUCAUCUCGUGUGUACAUAUCUUGUUCGCCUCGGAGAAGAUUUCUGUCACGUUGUCAAAGGCGCUCCGAAAGGACCAACAUGUCUUUAAGCCGGCCUGAUUGCUUGUAGUGACCUACCUGUGAACUACUUAAUCCUCUCUGCUCAUCGCUACACCGGAUCAAGUUGGAGGCAGGGUACAGGGACGGGUGGUUACAUCGGUCGCGAUGGAGAAGGGGGAGGAAUUCCGCCUGACGGUGGAGGACGACGCCAAAUGGCUGGAGUGGGCGCAGCGACAAUUCGCUGCCAUCGCCGGUAACGACCGGCUCAUCGACUGGCAGGAAUUCAAGUUAGCCCUUAAAGUCAAAAAGGAAUUCUUCGCCAAGCGUUUCUUCGCGCUCUUCGAUGCAGACAACAGCGGUACGAUCAGCUUGGACGAGUUAAUGGACGGGCUGCGCAUGCUCACACACGGUGAACCAGCCGAGAAGCUUCGGUUCCUGUUCAACGUGUAUGACGUUGAUGGCAGCGGUCAGAUCGAUCACGAGGAAUUACGGACCGUCUUGGAGUCUUGCAUGGAAGAAAGUGCCUUACAGCUGAGUUCCAGCGUCUUGGAUGAGCUGACAGACGCUCUGUUCGAAGCCGCCGAUGAAGAUGGCAGCGGUGCCAUUUCUUUCGAUGAGCUUCGGCGGGAACUGGAGAAAUAUCCAGACGUGAUGGAAAACAUGACAAUUGGUGCCGCAGGCUGGCUGAAACCCCCGGACGACGAGCCUAAGACGGGCCCGCAUCUACCCCGCUACCUGACCCCCCGAUACAUCAACAACAACCUGCGUAAAGUCAUCUUCGUUAUCGCCUACUGCCUUCUCAACGCCGCGCUCUUCACCGAGGCGGCCUACAGGUUCGCCUUCCGUGGGGCCAACUGGUGUAUCAUCGUCGCUCGAGGUUGUGGCCAGUGCCUCAACCUCAACAGCUCCCUGAUCCUUGUCCUGAUGCUUCGCCAGACAUUGACAUACAUCCGCUCCACCCGUGUGGCUCGGUUACUACCCAUCGACCAGCACAUCAUCUUCCACAAGACAGUGGGGCUGAUCAUAGCGGCACUCAGCCUCGUUCACAGCCUGGCUCACGUGGGAAACGCAGUCAUCAUCACGAGUCCUUCGGGCCCUCUUCCCAACAACACUGCCUGGGAUGUCCUGUUCACCCAGCCCCACCUGACACCCCUGGGACUGGUCAAGCACAGCGCCUUCCUGACCGGCUGGCUGCUGGACAUAAUCCUCGUCGUCAUGGUCAUCUGCUCGUUACCCUUUGUCCGAAGGUCUGGUAACUUCCAGGUGUUUUACUGGACCCAUCUGAUGUACAUCUUCUUCUGGGUCUUGCUUCUGAUGCACGGCCCGCGCUUCUGGUACUGGUUCAUCGUCCCAGGAAUCAUCUUCAUCCUGGAGAGAGUCAGCCAGCUCCGGCUGGUCCGUCAGGCCCAGUUCGGCAAGAUGUACGUGGAGAAAGCCGAUCUGAUGCCCUCUGGGGUGACACAUCUCAUGAUAACGAGGCCGCCUCAUUUUGACUACUCGCCGGGAGAUUACCUGUUUGUGAACAUUCCCCAGAUUGCUAAGCACGAAUGGCACCCGUUCACGAUCAGUAGCGCACCAGAAGAACCGGACACCAUAUCGUUACACGUUCGAUCGGCCGGCAAUUGGACCAACAAGCUGUACAGUUUCUACGACGAGCGGCACAAGCGCAACCGACAAGUGUCGAUCCGGAGCCGAUCGCGGAAGUCCAACGGCAGCACGUCCACAGAGAAGGCAGCCGAAGCGGACCCGCUGUGUUUGGACGUGCCGCCUAGCCCUCCCUCGGACCCUUACAGGUACCGAUCCGGCGGGGAUCAAGGGAGCCGGCACCCGGUGACCAAGAGUAUGGGCUGGAGCGACAAAAAUGGGAAAUCGGCAACUUACGUGGAGGUAUCGACGGGCGGCAAGCAUUCCAACGGCAAACAUCGAAAGUUGAAGAGAGACCCAACGAAUGACAGGGUCGAGGUUUUCAUCAACGGGCCAUACGGCACGGCAACCCGGGCCAUCUUCCGUGCCGAGCACGCCGUGCUGAUCGGGGCAGGUAUCGGUGUGACACCCUUCGCGUCGAUCCUUCAGUCCAUCAUGCUACGGUGCCGCACGAAUCAGCAGACUUGUCCAAACUGCCAGCACGAAUGGAUUGGGAGCGUCCCAGAGCAUGUCAUGCGUAUCAAAAAAGUGGACUUUAUCUGGAUCAACCGCAACCAGAAGGCCUUCGAGUGGUUCGUCCGUCUGUUGACCCAGCUGGAGCUGCAGCAGGCCGGCAUGUCCGAGCGAUUCCUGGACAUGCACAUGUUCAUGACAGCAGCCCUGGGCAAGACGGACAUGAAGGGAGUCGGACUACAGAUGGCGCUAGACAUCAUGCACAGCAAGGGCAACAAGGACAUGAUCACGGGGCUGAAGACCAGGACGCAACCCGGCAGACCCGACUGGGAUAAGCUCUUUGCCGAUAUCACGGGGCAGAGGAAGGGAAAAGUUCAAGUCUUCUUCUGCGGGUCGCCGAUCCUGGGCAAGACAAUCAAGGCCAUGUGCGAGAAAUACAAGUUCCACUUUCACAAGGAAAACUUCUAGACAGUUGGGACCGUCAGUGGUCAGAAAAGCUAAUUCCGUCUCCAAACGACUGGGAAAAAUAAAAGUAUAGAUUGACCUCGUAGUCUCGGAUGGGAGUGUCUUCACAAGAUAUGGACACGCCCAUCGAGGAAUCACUGAGAACCUAUAUGCACAAUUCAGAUUUGAUUGCCCUUUGUAUUGGGUUGGACCUCGGGAUGAGGAAAAAUGUUCCCAGUUCCCACAAACGGUGGACUAGUAAGACACGUUCUCCGAUAUCUGUUUGAGACCGGCGUUCCGCGUAUCCGGAGCCGCGCCGAACCAGAAAGAACCAGGAGUGACUCAGAUCGACCAGAAUGGUUUCUGUUGUCAGCCUGGUGAAAUGUAUGGACUUAUGUUCCACUGAUAACCCUCUGAGUCGUUCGAACGACAGCAACAAUCUUUUUAAUUCGCAUGCAGUCGUUCAAUUUUUUUCAAACACCUCAGCUCAUUUAAACCUUUGGAAUCGUUUGGAACACCAGUCGGAAACUGAUAUACGCCGUUCGAUACAGGACUGAAGGGAACAAGUUGGAGUAUUUCAUGUGACAAAGAGCAGCAUUCUCGUCGAAAUACCGACAUAGCACAGUUGGGUAUUAUGCAUGACACAUAAAUAAAAUAAGCCGCAGUCGUAAAGUACAUAAUGCAAAUUCGCUAUCAUACAAAUUCCUUCUUUUCUUAAAAAGAAAGGAAGACAUUCACGGAAGUAUUGUAACCUCUACUGGUCCAAGUAAAUCAACAUAUGUAAAACAUUGGACGCCUCAGAUAGAAAGCAAUAUACAUAAAAAAAAGUUGGGCUUAAAAAACAAUUUUCGAUUGCUCUUAAUCGCCCAAACACUGAGAAAAUCAGAACAGAUUUUGUAAUUAUAUCUCAUGUUGCUCUUUUGUUUUGUCACAUACGUUCGUAUCACAAAGUAUUUAAUCAAGCUUGUUCAAAUUUUGUAAAUAAAAUUUGGCUAAUAUAAAACCAUCCGUUUUAAAACUACUUCUUCUGAAAGAUAUUUAUAUUAUUGUACAUUGAAAGUUUGGCAAUCUUAAUUUAAUUUGCAUAUAUCCAUUAUUUAUGCUCUAAUUUUAAUAUAGAUUUAAUUGAAGAUGGUUUUUCAACAGCGAGGAAGAAAUAUUUAUAGAUUGGAGAGUUAUUUUGGCGAUAGUGGUCGUCAAAACAGUGAAUGACUUGGAUAUUAGGGUUUUGACGUCAGGGUGAUUGUGAACGAUAAUGGCGAGAAUGUGAAAUGUUAGCGAUGAUUAGGAUGAUAAUGAUUCCUUAAAGGAUGAUGAUGUAAAGGAUGGUAAUGAUUAUGGAGAUUUUAUGGUGAAUAUGCUGAUGAUGGUGAGGUGUUAGUGAUGAGAGGGGUGCAUGAUGAUCGCAUUAUCGUAUAAAUAGGAAAUGUUGCCAAUGCAAGGAGCGUGCAAGUCUCUCCAGUUUCCGUUCACAUUUUUUAUCCUAGUACCAAACGUUGACAAGUCUGGUCACGUGCUCUCUGUCUUAUGCAUCAUCCAUUGAACGGAAGUUUAGUUCAAAAUAUUCUUAUUUUAUCAUGGUCUUCAAUUUGUAGUAGUUAUUAACAAAAUGUUUUUUCAAUUGUAAUUAACUAAACAGAACUUAUCUAUUGCCCCUGACUGAAUACGCCCAAUUAGGCAAAAAACAAAAAAAAAAGCCAAAUAAUGACAUUGCACACAUUGUUGCUUCUAUACACGACGUGCCCGGAAGCGAGAGUUUAAUUUUCUUUUAUAAAGUGUGUUUUACCGAGUCCUACUGAUCGAUGAAAUGUCCCUGAUUUAUGGCUCUAGAGAAUUUCUUUCGUAAAGAGAAGUUAGGUCCAAGAGCAUUCCGUUACCAACUGACCCGGAAGUCACAAAUUCCCGCGCAAAACCAUCGCUUUUUGAAGGUCAAAUUGCACGCUCUGUGACAAUGGUAAAAUAUGAUGAGGAACUAGAGCGAUAUUAGUGGUGAAGGCGGGCCGGGAUGAAGUGUGGGUGGUAUUGAUGGUGAAAGUGAUGGAAUGAUCCUGGUGUGUGGUUAUGGAUAACGGCGGAGAUUAAGAUGGUGGUAAUGACAUGUUUGAUUUUGGUAAACCAGUGUUGCCGAUAUAGUGCUGACGGUAGUAAUAAAAACAAAAGAAGCAAUAAUGUUGAUACUGGUCAUUGAAUGGCCCGUUUUUCAAAGAUAUGUUGAUUGUUUUAUUAGAAAAAUUUGCACGGCACAUUUUACUAAACUCCAGCUUAGCAUCUAUAAUAAAAAAUGACUCAAAAUGAGUGUCUGUGGUGACUGUGGUGACACUGUUGGUGAAAGUGAAGGUCAGAUUAUUGACGAUGAUGACAAUGGUGAUGAAUUGUGAUACGAUAUCAGGCUGACCAUACAACAAUCUUAUUAUACUUACCAUUUGUAAUUAUCGAUACGAUACAGAUAACUUUUUUUUGUAGUUCGUGGGAUCAGUUGAACCCACGUUCGAGAAGCUCCAGCUCAUUAUUAUUGGCUUAUGUCAGUCUAUGAUGUACUUUAAAUGUUUUGAUUGAUUGUAAUAAAAUUGCAUUGCAAGAUAAUACA